AUGGGGCUUCUGAUCGGGGACCUGGCCGGGCCUCUGAAGGGGGCUGUGAUGGGGCCUUUGAUCAGGUCCUAUGAUGGGGCCCUGAUAGGGCCUCUGAUGGGGCCUCUGAUCGGGUCCUGUUACGGGGCCCUGAUGGGGCCACGGAUCUGGCCUCUGAUUGGGGCCUCUGAUCGGGGCCCUGAUGGGGCCUCUGAUCGGUCAUGUGAUUGGGCCUCUGAUGAGGCCUCUGGUCUGGCCCUGAUAGGGCCUCUGAUAGGUCAUGUGAUGGGGCCUCUGAUGAGGCCUCUGAUGAUCUUUGGCGAGUGCCUUUUGGUCUACCUGCAGCGCCUCAAAUCCAAGUCCCCCUUCGGCAGCUACGUGGCCUGCCUCUACAAAGCCGUGGGCACCUUCCUGUUCGGCGCCGCCAUGAGCCAGUCCCUGACCGACAUCGCCAAGUACUCCAUCGGCCGGCUGCGGCCACACUUCCUGGACGUGUGCCGGCCCGACUGGAAGUCCAUCAGCUGCUCGUCGGGGGGCUACAUCGAAAACUACACCUGCACGGGAGACCCCACCAUGGUCAACGAGGGCAGCAGAGGGAAGGCUGAUGGGAGGAGAGGAUUUCCUCUUCUCCUGCUCACGCCGGCGCGGCCACAGAGGAGCAAUUAA